AUGACUGAUUUGGAUUCGGUUUUCAUCUCCACCGUUGAGGCAGCUGUUAGUGCUUCGGUGGCACAGAAUAAACCAUUAAUAGUAUUCAAUACUGAUUCAUCAGAUGAAUCAAACAGAUGGGUAGAAUCUUUAAUGUCAGAUGAUAUACUUCAGUUGAUUUCAGAAAAAGCUAUCGCGUUGAAGUUGGUUAAGAAUUCUGCCCAGUUUGCUUUAUUUGAACAGAUCUUUCCAGAAGUUAUAAUACCCAGUUUCUAUUGUAUCAAAGUGUCAGCUAUAUUAGAUAUAAUUCAUGGUGCUUUAGACAACACAGAGUUCGAAUCAAGAAUAAAGAAGGUUUUAGUUACAAAUCCACAAGGCCAACAUCCACAACCAUCAUCGUCUUCUCAUCCUCCGCAAACGGGAAGUCAACAAUCGGAUACGCCCCAAGUUCCAUCACAGUCGCAAGCGUCAACUCCAACAUUACCAAGGGACACUUCUCAAAUCCCUUCAGCAUCCGGUAACCUUUCAGGAUCAUCAUCAGUGAGAGGAUCAUCACAAGCUAGCUCUAGAGCCAAUACACCAGGUAGUCAAAUAAAUGGAAAAAGAGAACCCAAGACAUUAAAAGAAGAAGUUGCAGAACUUUCAGCCAAAAAAUAUAAAGAAGAACAACUCAGAAAGAAGAAAGUUGAGAAAGAGGAGCGUGAAAGAGUUAAGAGAUUGUUGGAAGCAGAUAAGGAAGAACGUAGGUUGGAUGAAAAAUUAAGAAAAGAAGAAAGGGAAAGACAAAGAAGAUUAUCAAAUGAUGAGGAAGUUAAAGACGAUGUCAAAAUUGAUGAUAUUAUCAAUGAAAAUCAAACGUUGAAAAAUAAUGUUCGGGAUAGAAGACCUUCAACAAGUUUGGUGUGCGCUUUAUUGAUUCGUCUAUUAGAUGGUAGCUCAUUGAGACACGAGUUUAAGAAUACAGAUACUUUAAAUGACGUGAGAAAGUGGAUAGACGAAAACAGAACAGAUAGUGAUGAUCCAUAUUGUUUCCAUAGAACAAUUCCAAGGGUGACAUUUGGAGUUACUGAUGAAGAAAAAACUUUGGAAAGUUUAGAGUUGACACCACGUUCAGCACUUAUUUUGAAACCAUUCAAUACAUAUGCAAACGCAUAUAGCAAUUCUGGAAAGACGACACAAAGAGCACCAAACGGAGGUUUACUAUCAAGAGUGUUCGGUGGAUUAUCAUCCCUAUGGUAUGGGAAGCAAGGUAACAGAAGACUCAAUGCUAAUGAAGAAAAUAGAGACAAUGACACUAUUGAAGAAGAUGAUGACUUGAUUGAUCCAGUUUCACCAAUUUCUUCUUCAUAUGCAUCACCUGCUCAAACACCAAGAAACUUUAACGAGCCGGAAGCUAAUACACUUGAUUUGCUUCACCCGUCGGCUCUCAACUUGAAUCUCAACAUGGAUCAGAUCCAAAGACCCACAUCACCUCAAGUUAGUGCACAUACUCAAGAACAUGGAAGCAGAAUAGGGACCCCUUUGUCAUUAUCAAGAAUGAACUCCAGUCAAUCUAGGAUCAGAACAUUGAAUAGCAGUGAGAAUGAUGACCGAAUGACAUACAAUGGAAACCAUAUAAACCUAGAGGAUGAUCCAAAGAAAAAUUGA